CCCUCGCCCAUCAUGUUGGUGCCCGUGUUCACGCUGAAGCUCAAGCACAAGAUCCUGCCCCGCAUGGUGGCGCUGGGCCGGUACGACGGGACGCACCCCUGCCUGGCGGCCGCCACGCAGGCGGGCAAGGUUUUUAUUCACAAUCCUCAUGCCCGAGGGCAGAGAACAAACACAAACCGAAUGGUACAAAGUAACCAAGAUUCAGACAUUUCUCUUCUGAACAUUAAUCAAGGGAUCACUUGUCUGACUUCGGGAGUGCUGAACCCUCAGCUGGGUUAUGAUUGUCUUCUGGUUGGAACACAGACUAAUUUAUUGGCUUAUGAUGUGUAUAACAACUCAAGUUCAUUUAACUGCAUUCAGAGCUCAGCUAAACUGACAGUUUCAGAUGGAGCCAAUGCAAUAGUUCUUGGAAAGCUGGGAGAUAUUUCACCUCCACUUGCUAUUGUUGGUGGAAACUGUGCCCUACAGGGCUUUGAUUAUGAAGGAAAUGACUGUUUUUGGACGGUUACUGGAGACAAUGUUCGUUCAUUAGCACUGUGUGACUUUGAUGAUGAUGGGAAAACUGAGCUUCUUGUUGGCUCUGAAGAUUUUGACAUCCGUGUGUUUAAAGAAGAUGAGAUUGUAGCAGAAAUGUCAGAGACAGAGACUGUCACUGCACUUAGCCCCAUGAAUGGCAGUCGCUUUGCCUACGCUCUUGCCAAUGGCACUGUGGGAGUUUACAACAAGUCAGCACGCUACUGGAGGAUUAAGUCAAAAAACCAGGCAAUGAGCAUACAUGCAUUUGACCUGAACUCUGAUGGAGUGUGUGAGUUGAUCACUGGCUGGUCUAAUGGCAAGGUUGAUGCACGCAGUGACCGGACUGGGGAGGUCAUCUUUAAAGAUAACUUUGCUUCCUCGAUUGCAGGACUGGUGGAGGGGGAUUACAGAAUGGAUGGGAGCACCCAGUUAAUCUGCUGCUCAAUUGAUGGUGAAGUCCGAGGCUAUCUGCCAGGAGGUGAAGAAAUGAAAGGGAACCUAAUGGAUACAGGUGCUGAACAGGAUCUUAUCCGAGAACUUAGUCAAAAGAAACAAAAUCUGCUGCUGGAAUUGAAAAAUUAUGAGGAAAAUGCAAAGGCUGAAUCGAACACUCAGCUGAAGGAAGCUGAUGGGCAGAGAGGUGUGAUUCCAGCAAACACUCAACUCCAGACAACCCUCUCAGUUAAUCUGGGCUCUGACAGCCAGUCUGCCCAUGUGGAGCUGUGUAUUUCCACCACAAACGACACAAUCAUCCGUGCUGUGCUGAUCUUUGCUGAGGGCAUAUUUGAAGGAGAGAGCCAUGUGGUCCACCCCAGUCUCCAGAACCUCUCAGGCUGUGUUCGUGUUCCCCUUACUCCACCCAAGGAUGUCCCUGUGGAUUUGCACAUCAAAGCCUUUGUGGGUUACCGGAACAGCACACAGUUCCACGUAUUUGAGUUGACAAGACAGCUUCCCCGCUUUUCCAUGUAUGCCCUGAGCAGCCCAGACUCAGCCACAGAGCCCCUGAGCUUUGUUAACUGUACUAUGAAUGAGAGACCACAAAGGAUCGUUAUGUGGCUGAAUCAGAGCUUCUUGCUGCCAGAGGAUGCAGAGUUUCAGAAUGCUCCCUUUCAGGUUUGCUUCACUUCCCUUCGUAAUGCAGGUCAGCUCUGCAUCAAAAUCAAGCCUGGUGGAGAGAUUUCCGUCAACACAGAUGAUAUUGAUCUAGCUGGUGACAUUAUCCAGUCAAUGGCUUCUUUCCUGGCCAUUGAAGAUUUGCAGGUGGAAGCAGAUUUUCCUGCAUACUUUGAGGAGCUGCGGAAAGUAUUGGUGAAGGUGGAUGAGCACCAUGCAGUGAAUCAGAGGCUCACUGCUGACAUGGCUGAACACUCCAACCUCAUCCGCAGCAUGCUGGUUCAGGCGGAAGAUGCCAGGCUCCUGGGAGACUUGAAAAACAUGAAGACACGGUACAGCGAGCUGUACGACCUGAACAGAGAUUUAAUAAAUCAAUACAAAAUUCGUUGCAACAAUCACACAGAGCUAUUGAAUAAUCUGAAAGCUGUGAAUCAGGCAAUCCAAAGGGCUGGGCGGUUACGUGUUGGCAGACCUAAAACACAAGUGAUCAGUGCUUGUCGGGAUGCAAUAAGAAGCAACAACUUCAACACACUGUUCAGGAUAAUGCGUGUGGGAACAGCUUCGUCCUAGGGAGAGGAGCAGCAUCUGUGGAGAGGCAGUGAUUCCAUGCACUGGGCAGAUAAUGAAUGACAAGCAGUUAAUUCAGACCCCUACUCCACUGUAGGGUGAAGUAAUUACAAUGGUAGUGCUGUAGUU